CAUCCGCUUGCUGCUUCAUCGUCGCUAGCAACAGUUGUUUACACUGCCUACAUACGCUGUGGAAGAUGACAUUUUAAGCCGGUACUUAUUGACGGAGGAAUAAAGUUAUGACAUAGCAUUUAACAAGUCGUAACGUUAGAGGAACUGGAUUCGGUGAAUAAAAAGAUUUCAUUCAUCUGCUCCAGCCAAGACAAAUGGACAAGACGUCAAGGCAAGCACAGGUGAUGUCGGAGCAGCAGCUGUCUCCAAACACAAGAAGGAGUUUCAGCUUCUCAUCUCUCCGUAUAAAAAAAAGGCACAACAGUAAUGAAGAGGGCGGAUUUACACGGCGGAGAGGGUUGUUUUCUUUUUCAUCAGUACGGGAGACAUCGACAAAGGAGUCAGUCCCAGAUGAAGAUGGUGCCUCACAGCAUUACUGUCCUCAGGACCUGGUGAAGAACACAGGUGAGCAGCCCAAAGCUAACCACACCUCUGACGUGGCUGGUAAACCCCCAGCGAUCCCAUCCGGACACGAUGAAGGCGGACGACAAGGAGCCUUCAAGCGCUUCACUGUCAGGUUUCCCUCCUUCCGCAAAGGCAAAAGAGACAAAGUCAAAGACGUUGAGCCGACGGAGCCGCUGGGCCCGGUGGUGGCAGACAACGCGUCCAGGCAGCACCGCUACGCCAGCGGUCAGUACUUCUUUGAGUAUCUGGUGGUGGUCAGCCUCAAGAAGACCAAAGAUGGCAGCAGCUACGAACCUCAGAUCACCUACCAGUUUCCCAAGAGAGAUGGGAUGGCGAAAUUUCAGAAGGAGGAGGAGGAGAAGACACUAAAGGCGCUCACCCUCUUCUGUUUCCCAGAGGGCAUCAACUGGGCUCCUUUGACAGAAUAUCACAGCGAGACUUUCUCCUUCGUUCUGACGGAGGUCGACGGCAGCAGAAGAAACGGAUACUGCCGGAGGUUACUGCCGGGAGGGAAAGGAGCGCGGCCCCCCGAGGCUUACUGCAUCAUCAGCACCCUGGCUUGUUUCGGCCUCUUCUCCAAGAUAUUUGACGAGGUGGAGAAGCGGCGGCAGAUCUCCAUGGCGAUGAUCUACCCAUUCAUGCAGAAGCUGAGGGAGGCUCAGUUUCCCGCUCCGGGAAACACAGUGGAGAUUAAGAGCUUCAUUCCUGAGUCGGGCACUGAGAUCAUCAGUCUGACCCGGCCGCUGGAUUCCUGGCUGGAGCAUGUGAACUUCGCCACGCUCUUCGACUGCCUGACCGACGCGGAGGUUUUAGUGGUGUUUGCUUCCGCCAUCUUGGAGAGACGGAUCGUCUUCAUCGCCGAUGAGCUGGGCACAUUAUCCCAAGUCAUUCAUGCAGUAGCAGCCCUGCUUUACCCCUUCACCUGGCAGCACACCUUGAUCUCCAUCGUUCCGGAGAUCCUGAUCGACGUAGUGAUGGCACCCACACCCUACCUGCUGGGAGUCCAGAAGCGCCUGCUGGACCAGGUCACCGACCAGAGUGAUCUGCUGUUGGUCGACUUGUCUGAGGAUAAAAAGGAGACAUUUAUUGUUUCAAUUGGUGAUGAGAGCUCUAUUCUGCCCCCGAAGCUCCAAACUGAAAUACUAGAGGAACUAAGUAACAGACAAAAAGUUUUAACGGUGGAGGAGAUGAACCGGGUGGUGUCAGAAGCCUUCCUGCACUUCUUUGUGAAAACGGUCGGCCAUUACUCCUCGUAUGUGAAAUGCAGCCGUGCUGGAGAGCGGGGGGUGUUUGAAAAGAGAAGUUUCUACAAGGCCAUCGAUUCCAAGACCACGCGGCACUUUGUCAAGAAGUUCAUCCAGACGCAGAUGUUUGACCUGUUCAUCCAGGAGGUGGAGCAGCAGCAGGCUGGACCGCAGCAAGGAAUAUUUCACAAAAAGAUCCUCGAAUACCAAGAGAAGACGAGAAAGGACAAGGCAAAGAAACACUAGCUGUCAGCGUGGGACCCAGCGUGUGUAUAUAUAUAGUUAAAGGAGUCCAUAGGACAAGAUGUGAAUGUAGCACUGUGUGUUUUAUGCCCCGUAUCAGUUUUGGUUUUAAAGGCAGGCUUGGUAACUAUUUCCGGUAUACACUUUUUUUUAAUACAUUGUUUGAAAUGGUCUUCACACCCACGGCAGCAAUAAAUAACUUCUGGGCUCUGAAAAAGGAACGACAAGCAUCCGUCGCCUGUAGCUGUAGCGUUGUUACAGGGUUACCCUGUAACAACGCCCACCAAUCACUGCAGGGGCAAGGAGGCGUUUCAUUGGUUGUUUUUUUCACGCCCUGAUCCCAUUCACACAGUUCCACAUUCAUACCUGGAAGCUGCAACCAGUACAACCACAGUCUGAUCUGCUGAGCCACUGAGCAGCUCACACUGGAGCAGGUUGGAGGUUAAGUGCCUUGCUCAAGGGCACCUCAGUGGUAAUGAGGGAGGGGACAAGCGCUGCUCUUUCACUUUCCCCACCCAGAUUAUAUCCUGUCCGGUCUGGGGAUUGAACCGACCGAUAUAAUUGUAGCAGUACCACUGCUGUAGACCACUGUUCACAGCGAACCACAAACACACAGGGAGGAAUAUUUGCCACAGCUCUUUAUUUGAGGUACGCAUCAGCAAUGAAUCGUCCCACAAUCCGUCUGGAGCUCCCUCGCUCCCACUUGGCCCGAGGCUCUCGGUCUGCGAGGGCAAAACUUGCGCUGUCCAGCCCACCACACCGUGUCCACGUCUCCUCUCUCACAGUCGGCCAUCAAGAGCUUGCUCCGGCUCACUACUGCUUUAAAGGGAGAGCAUGAUUAGACAACUCACUGCAGCUGUAGCAAUCAGUCCCUCCCUACCUGCUCACCUGAGCCACCACAUCCACCCCACACUCCCUCCACACCACCACAAUAAUAUUUAGUUCUGUUAAAUAGAAUCCUAUAGGUCUGGUAAAUCGAAGCUGUCUCUGAGUGGCAUAAUGUCUGCCGUUUUGGACGGUAUUAUUAAUAUAGGCAGUCAGGUUUCCCUGCGCUGUGGGACAACAGGCCAAAAUUAUAAUUCAGUUUGCAGCAAUCCACCAGUGUCUGACCGUAGUCGUGUUUGUUUUCAACAUUCGGUAGGAUAGUUUUAGGUGUUUGCUUACCGUUGAAUGAGACAGGAAGUAAAACUGCGUUCCUCUCUCAGCUCUGCUCUGAAGCAGCCCCGAGGGCGGGGGGGGGAGGAGUUAGAGGGAGCCCCGAGGAGAUGCUACUUUUUAAAUCUUUCCGGCUUUUUAACAUUACCAACCCUGCCUUUAAACAUGUGUGUACCAAUGUGUGAAUUGCUGUACAGCUAUGUUGGCUGCUGCUCUGUGUAACACUGGCAGAAUGAGAGACUUGAGCAGGAAAAUCAUUUAAAUAAAGACUAGUUUUUGAA